AUUCUACAGAUCAUGUUUUCAUGUUUAAUGUGACACCUUGCUUCAUCAUUAACGAAUCUGUCUGGAAGGCUUCUCUUACCUGGAUUCCAAGAAAUGACAUCACCUUUUUGAAGGUCAUCUUCAAUGUCUGGUAUGAUGGUGUUAAAGCAUUACACUGGAAAGAUGUCCUCUGCUGCGGAGCUGACGACGAAUAUUCAAUUUGCGGAGCGCUGAAAGGAGAAACAGUUGCAACAUCCUUUGACAUUAAAGGUGCAAGAACAAAGUUUCCAAAGGGCAAUUAUACCAUUAUUUUACAAGGAUUCUCUGAUGAUUCUGACAAUAAUAUGGUCAUAUGCUUGAAUUUCACCAUGAUAGUAAAACAAGACACUUUCUGA